CCCAACCCAACCCAGCCCUCCACAUUCCGCAACUCCUUUCUUCCUUCCUUCUUCAAUAUCAAUUUCCCUUCGUUUUCAACCACCAAUACACAAAAAUAAAUUUCAAAAUAAAAAGAAAACUAAAACUACCAUUCUUUUAUUUCUCUUGUUAUUAUUGUUAUUACUAUAAUUUUCAAACAAUACAUUUUUUUUUUGUUAUUUCGCUUCCCUUUGAAUUCUCCUCAUUCUGUUGAACCGAUCCCAUCCAUUCCUGCGUUUGUUUCUUCUUUUAGAAGAUCUGGAUUCUUCAGCGAAGCAUGUUUCGUAGGACUUAGGAUUUAGGAGCUCUUUCUUUCUUUUUCGUGGUUUGAUUCCUUCCUCCUUUUUUGGGGGUGACAUAAGACUGUUGUCUACACCAAGUUAGGUUCUGAAACUGGCCUACUUGGUGCAACUAGUCACGGUAAAGACUCUUUCCCUUCUCCAAUUUGUGCGGAGAAUUCGAGGAACCAGCAUCUGCUAGACAGCAUUCCUCAAUUUCUGCUGCAUGUAGGCUCUCCUUCAAGUUGCCACAUCUUUUUAUACAUGGGGAAGUGGAUUGUUGGUGCUUUCAUCAACCUUUUUGGUAGCCUUGCUAUAAACUUUGGCACCAAUCUUCUUAAAUUAGGGCAUAACGAGAGAGAAAAACAUUCAGUAAUUGGAGGCGACGGGACAAGUGGAAAGCUGCCUCUUAAGCCUAUUAUACACUUUCAGAUUUGGAGAGUUGGUAUCUUACUUUUCAUUCUUGGAAAUUGCUUGAACUUCAUUUCCUUUGGAUAUGCUGCUCAGUCACUUCUUGCUGCCCUUGGAUCUGUUCAGUUUGUUUCUAACAUUGCAUUUGCUUAUUUUGUCUUGAACAAAUUGGUAACUGUCAGGGUAUUGGUUGCCACUGCCUUCAUUGUUCUUGGCAAUGUUUUUCUAGUUGCUUUUGGCAAUCACCAAUCACCUGUUUAUACACCAGAGGAGUUAGCAGAUAAAUAUACCAAUGGUGCAUUCCUGCUUUACCUUCUAGUUUUGGUCUUAGUUAUUGCCUUGCAUCACUUCAUUUACAGGAGAGGAGAACUGCUUUCUGUAUCAGGACAUAACCUUAGACCUUAUUGGCACAUGCUUCUACCUUUCUCCUAUGCGAUAGUUUCAGGUGCUGUAGGUUCAUGUUCAGUGCUGUUUGCAAAAUCUCUGUCGAACCUCCUUCGACUUGCCAUGUCUGGCGGUUAUCAGUUACACAGCUGGUUCACAUAUUCAAUGCUUCUUUUAUUCCUCAGUACAGCUGGGUUUUGGAUGACCAGGUUGAACGAAGGACUGUCCUUGUUUGAUGCAAUCCUUAUUGUUCCCAUGUUUCAGAUAGCUUGGACUUUCUUCUCCAUCUGUACAGGAAUUAUUUACUUUCAAGAGUAUCAGGUAUUUGAUGCAUUAAGGACAACGAUGUUUAUACUAGGAAUGACUUGUGUAUUCGUCGGCAUUUCUUUGUUGGCACCUGAUGAUUCAAAAGGUGGUGAGGCCAAAGAUAGUUCUUUGGAUUCGAUGGCAACCUCUGGAAUUGCAACGGAAUCAAACAGGUUGGUAGCGACUCAGGAAGAAGCACAAAACACAGAAUCAAGAUCAUUUGUAAAAGGAACGCUGAUGAAGAUUUCAAGCAUGCUAGUCAAAGCCAAGAAUACUUGUGCAAUGUCUCUUGGGUUUGGGGAGGAUACAAUUCAGGCAUCUUCAGUUCUUGUGAUGCCAAUGAUGUCAUCGAGAAUGACCGGAUUCAGAGGUGGUGGGAUCGAGCGAGCGAGGUUUUUGUCGAUGAGAAGUUGGAGCAAGGUCCCCAAAGAGGAAGGCGAGGAAUUGCUUGGAACUAGCCACGCUCUCCCGGAGAGUCCUUGAUAGUGGUAGUUAUAGGAUAACCCAUGGCCACGAUAUUUGUUUCUUAUAGUUUGUCUUCGCCACGUUUUGUAAUAUUUGGAGGCGCUUAGAUCUAAAGCCAAUUAGAAUUCAAUUAUUUGCUCUACCGAGCAUUCAUGUAAAAUCACCCAAGAAAAAAAAUGCACCCAAAACAAGAUUGUUUCAACUUGUAUAUUGUAUAUUGCUGCUUGUAUAAUGAAAAGAAAAUAAAAUCAGAGUGAGAUCGAACUGUGAUUAGUUAGCA